AUUGGCCAAUGUCACGAGUAAACAGGGGAGUCGAUGCUCGGGGAAAGGUCCAUUCGGUAAAAACUCUCGAAACAAGCAGAUUUAUUCUAGGGUCAAGGGUCGAGGACACAUCCAUUGGGCUUUAUUGAUUGCCACUUCUGCUUUGCUGCCGUUUGCUGCAUCAUUGGGAAUAAUUGGGAUUUAAAAAAAAAUGGAAAAAGAAUCCGCAAAAUCUGAUGGAGCAACACUAAGUAAAAUAAAGAAAAAAUGUCCCUACUGUCCAUUCGCUUCAUAUUAUUCUGGAAGUUUGACCGUACAUGUUCGACGACACACUGGUGAAAAACCUUUUCAAUGUCCAUAUUGCACAGGAGUAAGACGAUUUGGUGAUCGAAGCAAUAUGAACAGCCACAUCAGAAGAUAUCACAAAGAAUUAGCAAGACCUAGGAAAUCAACAGGAUCCUUCCGCCGCCAAGCUCCGUCAUCACGCACAAUGCCAUCAUUAUUAAAACCCAAGUCGAUAUCUUCAAAAAUCAAUUCUACAUCACAUUUUGACUAUUAUCCACUUGACCAAACACCGGUUAUUAAUUCAGUAUACAGUGCUACUGAACUUUCAGAAUCUCCUGACAACGGACCCUUUCCAAUUGAAAUAACAGAAAAUAUGGGAUCACCAACAAGUGUAUCUACAGAUCUUACUCCAUCACCAAAAUCUUUACCGGAGACGUCGUUACAUCAAACAUUGUUGAAAGGGCAUCGAAGAAAACCACCAUUUGUGCAGAAAAAGGUUUUGUCAAAUACAGAAGAAAAUGAUGAAAGUAUUUUUUCCAGUUUUCAAAGAAUGAUUUCUCAAAACAUGUAUCAGGAACAUAGUGAGGAAGAUAAUUUUGAUAUGCCGUCAGUUCAUGAAAAUAAUGAUUCCUUCACUAAUAACACCAGUGAUAUUUUCAUACCCAAUUCAUCUAAUCAUCUAUCUGAUGAUAAAACAACUGAGGAUAAGUCAAGCGUUGUAAUUCCUGCACAAAACAAUGCAGUCUCGGCAUCAGACAGUUCUCCAACCACGAAAGAUAUGUAUGCUUGCAAGCACUGCGAUAUAUAUUUUAAAAAUUGCGUUCUUCACACUUUACAUAUGGGUUGUCAUGGUUAUGAUGACCCUUUUAAAUGCAAUACUUGUGGUGUCAAGUGUAACAAUGCAAUUGAGUUUCACUGCCAUUUUGCAAGAGGAAAUCAUAAUGGAGCACUGUAGAUAUUGCAAUAUUUCUUCAGAGAAUGACAAUUCUUGUGGUUAUCUAUCGGCUAUAACCAAUACGUAUGGUACAAAUCAUAAUGUUCAUUGAAAGCAAGGAUGAGAGCUGAAGUUACCAUAACAGACGGAGGCAUAGAGAAACCAGAAAUUUUCUUCGCUUCAGUUUUCUAAUCGUUCAAUUAUUUUUUUACAUUUCUAAUUUUUUAACACUUCAUUGAAGUUUUCUUUUUGUGAAACCCUUGUAUUAUAGUUUAGAGUCCUGCUUUCGUGAAAUUGCAUUUGGCUGAUGUUUCGUGGUAGUGGUCAUACCAAAAAUCUUCAAUGGCUAUGGAGCCGGAACCCAGCUCAGAGGUAGAAAGCCAUUGUGACCCCUCCCCAGCCCUGAUCCAAAAAAAAUUUGUUUGAUUGCUACUCUGUAGUGACAGACCUUGUGACGGCUGGAUCUGUGUUUUAUGUCCAUCAACCUUCAAUUUUUGACAGAUGGAUGUAUUUAUGUCACAUGUAUAAGCCUAUUUUAUAGUUAUUUUUUCGUAUGAAUUUUAUUAACUGCCAGAAUUUCGGACCUCCUGAAGUAUGCGAACCAAGAUGGCGCACGACCUUAACACAGGUUGUGUAUGUACCAGGUUAGGGUUCAGGUUAUGCGACAUCUUGGUGCGCAUACUUCAGGAGUACCAGGCUUUCUUCACUAUUUUCUUUUAAUUGUUAAUGUUGAAUAAAUAUACAGUCACUCACUGCUAUUUUUUUUAACAAUGUGAAUGAAUACUUUAGCUCUAAUGUUGUUGAUUUUUCAAUCGGACUAGCAACCAGAUGAAAGGUCUUGAAUGGCUCAUACGUCAUCCAACUAUCUAAUAUUUUCAAAUUAACUGUUAUGGAAUAGAAAAAAUCCGAAAAUAUAUAUAA